CCGCCGAAACCAAAACACCGUUUCUCCCUCCCCUUUCCCCCAACUCCCACCCCCCACCGCGGCGCCCCCAAACGCCGUUCGCCGCGCUGGAAAAUGACUUCCCACUUCCACUUCCACUUCCACUUCCUCCUGCUCGUAAUUGCCAUCAUCUCCUCCCCGCUCCUCACCACCUCCCAAUCCACCACCACCACCACGACAGAGAAGCAAACGCUGCUGAAGAUCAAGAGCGAGUGGGGGAACCCAGAUUCGCUCGUCGCGUGGAGCAACUCCACUUCCGUGCCCUACUGCAGCUGGCCCGGAAUCACCUGCGCCGCCGACAACGCAUCCGUCGCGGAGAUCAUCCUCCCCGACCAAGGCCUCUCCUCCGCCAUCCCCGCCGCCGUCUGCGACCUCCGCAGCCUCUCCCUCCUCAACCUCACCAACAACUCCCUCCCCGGGCCCUUCCCCACCCUCCUCUGCGGCUGCUCCGCGCUCCGGACUCUCGACAUCUCCCAGAACCUCUUCGUCGGCGACAUCGCCAGCGGCGUCGCCUGCCUCCCCCCGCGCCUCGCCCGACUCGUCCUCGCCGGCAACAAUUUCUCCGGCGACGUCCCCGCCGCGCUCGGCCGCCUCGACAACCUCCAGGAGCUCCACCUCGACAACAACCUCUUCGACGGCACCGUCGCACCCGAGAUCGGGAAUUUGACCCAGCUCCGGAUCCUCACGCUCGCGUGCAACCCCCUCGCGCCCGCCGCGGUCCCCGCGGCGAUCCGCAACUUGACGAGGCUGCAGUUUCUGUGGAUGUCGAGCAUGAAUCUGGAAGGCGAGAUCCCCGCGUUCUUCGCGGAGAUGUCGGAGCUGGCGCAGCUGGAUUUGUCGCAGAAUUCGCUCUCCGGCGGCAUCCCGGAGGGGAUAUGGACGAUCCGGAGCUUGCAGAAUUUGUAUCUGUACAAGAACCAAUUGUCGGGACAGAUUUCGGUGAACGGCACGAUCGGGUCGACCGGAUUGGUGAAGCUCGACGUGUCGAUGAAUCAGAUCACCGGAACCAUCCCCGAAAGCUUCGGCUCGCUGCGGAACCUCUCGAUCUUGUUCAUGUACUACAACCGGCUCGCCGGCGAGAUCCCCGCGAGCAUCGGCCUCCUCCCGUCGCUCACCGAUCUCCGCCUCUUCAACAAUAACCUCACCGGGGUCCUGCCGCCGCAACUGGGGAAGCACUCUCCGCUCUGGAACGUCGAGGUCGACGACAACAUGCUCUCCGGGGAGCUCCCCGAGGGCCUCUGCGCCGGCGGGGCGUUCACGUCGAUCGUCGUGUCCGCCAACAACAUGUCGGGGCCGAUCCCCGCCGGCCUCGGCGAGUGCGCGACGCUCGACAACAUCCAGAUACAAGGGAACCGGUUCUCCGGCGACGUGCCGGCUGGUAUAUGGGCUGCGGAGAAUCUGACGACCGUGAUCAUGCACAAUAACGAGCUCUCCGGCGGCCUCCCGGAUAAGUUGCCGUGGAAUCUGACGCGACUAGAAAUUGACAACAACCAAUUCACCGGAAACCUCCCGUCGUCGGCGGGGAGGCUCGUCGUAUUCAAGUCGAGCAAUAACAAAUUCUCCGGCGAGUUACCGAACUUUGCGGCGAUGCCGCUGCUCCAAACUCUAUCGCUUUCCGGGAACCAGAUCUCCGGCGAGGUGCCGUCGUCAAUAUCGGUCGAGAAGUCGCUCGCCGUGCUCGAUCUCAGCCGCAACCAGCUCACCGGAGAGAUCCCCGCAUCGAUCGGAUCGCUCCCGGAGCUCACUUCCCUCGACUUAUCGUCGAACCAGUUAUCCGGGGAGAUCCCGUCGGCUAUCAGCAAUCUCAAACUCAAUUUUCUCAACCUCUCCUACAACGACCUCUCCGGGGCCGUCCCUGCUUCGCUGCAAAGCGCAGCUUACGACCGCAGCUUCGUCUCCAAUCCUAACCUUUGCGCGGCCGACGCGCAAGUGCUCCUUGGUGUCAGCACGUGCGCAAAAGGAUCGGGCGGCUCCGGCGGCCUCUCGCACGGGCUCGUCGUACUCUUCCUCGUGCUUGGCAUAGUCGUCUUUGUUAUCGCGGUCGCAUUUGCAUUCGUCGUGAUCAGGGACAUCCGCAGGCAGAAAGACCGCUCCGACCCGGCCGGGUGGAAGCUGACGUCGUUCCAGGCGUUGAAUUUUGCGGAGGGUGCAGUGAUCAGGGGGCUCAAGGAGGAGAACCUGAUCGGGAGCGGCGGGGGCGGGAGGGUGUACAAAGUGGCGCUCGGUAACAGCGCGGGAGGGACGGUGGCAGUUAAAAAGAUCUGGAACACGCGGAGGGUUGAUGCAAAACUGGAAAGAGAGUUCGAGUCAGAGGUGAAAAUCUUGGGUUCAAUCCGGCACACAAAUAUAGUCAAGCUGCUUUGCUGCAUCUCAAGCUCUGAUUCGAAGCUUCUGGUUUAUGAGUACAUGGAGAACGGGAGCUUAGAUCGGUGGCUGCAUGGCCGGGGGACGGUGGCGGCAAGUCGGGUGUGGCUGGAUUGGCCCACGAGGCUCCGGAUCGCGCUCGGUGCAGCGCAGGGGCUGUGCUACAUGCACCACGAGUGCUCAACGCCGAUCGUCCACCGCGACGUGAAGUCCAGUAACGUCUUGCUGGAUUCAGAGUUCAAAGCACGGAUAGCGGAUUUCGGGCUCGCCCGGAUGCUGGUCCGGGCCGGAGAGCCCGAUUCGGUUUCGGCCCUAGCAGGGUCUUUUGGAUACAUGGCUCCAGAGUGUGCAUAUACACGGAAAGUUAACGAAAAAGUCGACGUGUAUAGCUUCGGAGUGGUCCUACUGGAGCUGACUACAGGGCGAGAAGCUAGCGACGGAGGCGAUCGCGGUAGCUUAGCAGAAUGGGCAUGGCAGCACUUACAAGAGGGCAAUAAAAUCGCCGACGCUGUCGACAGGCGUAUUUGCGAACCAUCAUACCAGUGCGAAGUCGAAGCCGUGUUCAAGUUAGGCAUCAUAUGCACAGGCACUCUACCUUCAACACGACCGACGAUGAAGGAAGUUGUCCAAAUUCUGCAAAGGUGCGAACAGAAUCAUAAAGGGUUCCAAGAUAAACGUUUCACAGAGAAUGACGUGAUUCCACUCUUGCAAACGAGAAGGGGUAGUCGGCGAAAGGGACCUUCAGACGCCGAUGGGGAUGACGAUGGAAAGGGCUUCGACUGUAAUGUGUAGUUUGUGAGUCAGGUUUUUUACAUGAGGUUAAUCCAGAAAGAAAAUGAUCACACAGGAUAUCACCGUAUUCUCUUAUUAGCGCACAACAGAGUCUUAAGAUUAGGGUCCAAGAUCUACGAUCGAGUUAUCGUAAGCAUUAGCGUCAAUAAGUUUGAUACGAGAAAGAAUAAUAAGAAAUUGUCUUUUGUAUAUUUCCAAGUGAGCAAUAUAUGAGCACAUGCACAAAGAAUAAUCCCAUGCACAACAAGUGAUUUAAACUCUUUUUGGAUUUGUUGGUUCCCUUGUGUUUGUCCGUGUUUAUCCAACACAAACAUUGCCUCCCUUAUGUAUUAAUUGGAUGGCCUAUGAAGCAUAGCAAAAUCUCCAACAACCAAGCAAUCUGAGAGAACAGAUCAGCAUCUACUUACAGAAGCACUUUUGCACAUAAUGACAACUGAUUUAUUUCAUUCCCCCACUUUAUUGUUCAUUGUCAAAAGGAAACACUGUAUAAGGAUAAUAAGAAAUAGAUUAAAUUUCCGCCUGGCUCGCAACAUAAAGGGGCAGAGAAGGGAAAAAAAAAAAAAAAAAAAAAAA